AUGGGCUACAAAGAAAAGUUCAAAGAGACAUUUCUUCUAGACGUCUUGGAACGCUUAGAUCUAGUCAAAAUCGAGCCGCUUUGCUUGACGCAAAACGCUGCGUCGGGCACGGUAUCCGAGGGGGAAAGCAAGAAUUCUCAGGAUCUGGAAGGUUUGGCAGAAUCUAGCUACGAAAAGCACAGUCCAAUUAAAGAAAAAGACCCCUUUCUAAUCGAUUGGAAUGGCGAAAAUGACCCAGAAAACCCUCUGAACUGGAAACGUGGUAAGAAGACUCUAGUUGUAUUUGAGAUGAUGCUCCUCACCUGCACGACCUACAUGGGCGCUUCCAUCUAUACCCCGGGCCAACAGUCGAUACAACGAGAGUUCCACGUUGGCCAUGUAGUUGGAACUCUCAACCUGUCGCUUUAUGUGCUUGGGUAUGGGCUGGGCCCCAUUAUUUUUUCGCCAUUGUCAGAAGUUGCCAGUAUCGGACGUCAGCAGAUUUACAUCGUCACUUUGUUUCUAUUCAUGAUAUUUCAGAUUGGUGCUGCCACUGUGCAUAAUAUUGGGGGACUGAUCGUUAUCAGAUUCAUUUCGGGUGUCCUUUGCUCGCCUUCGCUGGCGACUGGUGGCGGUACAAUGGGCGAUAUCAUCAAACCGGAAUUUGUAUCCGUAUUCAUCGGUUUGUGGGCUAUCGGGGCAGUUGCCGCGCCAGUGGUGGCGCCUCUAUUGGGUGCAACAAUGGUCGUGGCCAAGGAUUGGCGUUACGUGUUCUGGCUGUUGAUGUGGAUAAGUGCUUUUACAUUGAUACUGUUAAUAGUCUCGUUCCCCGAGACGCAGCAUCAGAACAUCUUGCACAGAAAGGCAACGCGUAUGAGAAAACAAACUGACGACAGUCGUUAUUAUACCAAACAGGAACGACUGGAUGCUGAGAUUGAAGUUUCUGCCUUUCUGAAAGAGGUUUUCGUGCGUCCUUUUUUGAUCAUGGCUUUGGAACCUGCUGUGUUGGCAUUCGACAUUUACAUCGCUUUAUGUUACGGUGCGUUUUACCUCUUCUUCGAAGCAUUCCCUAUCGUUUUUAUUGGCAUCUACCACUUUACACUGAUCGAGAUGGGAUUGGCUUAUAUGGGCUUCUGCGUGGGAUGCUUGAUCGCGUACGUGGCUUUGCUAAUCUAUCUGGCGAAGUACAUAGGUCCUAAAUUCCAAAACGGAACGUUCAAGCCGGAGGAUUUUCUCCCACUUUCCAUGGCCGUGUGCUGGGCACUUCCACUGUCGCUUUUCCUGUUCGGCUGGACUGCGCGUGUUCACUGGAUAUUACCCAUCAUUGCAGAGCUUUUCUUUGUUCUGAACGUCUUCAAUCUAUUUCAGUCAACGUUUGCUUACCUCGCGUUCUGCUACCCACGCUAUAUUGCGUCAGUGUUCGCAAGUAAUGGGUUCUGUCGUUCGGUCUUUGCCUGUGCCUUCCCGUUGUUCGGUAAAGCAAUGUACGAUAACCUUGGGAGCGAAAAGUAUCCAGUUGCGUGGGGUUCCUCUUUGAUAGGUUUCUGCUCUAUCGGUCUGGCAAUUAUACCAUUCGCUUUUUAUAAAUAUGGACCCCAGAUGAGAGGAAGAUCGCGGUAUGCCAAUUAA